AUAUAAGCACGCCAUUGGAGAGCAUAUAAUUCUAGGACUUGGAGGCUGUAUUUUGAACUUCAGUGAUUUAUGUUGUCGCUCGUUUAUUUUUCCAUGCUUAUUCUGAAUAUUGACUUACAUGUAAAGAGGCUGCUGAUCAGGUUCAACAAUCAUAUGCAAUGUUUCCUUUGCCAAGUUCCUCAUCUCAAGAACAAUACCAUGCACAUCCAUCAAUGCAUGCACCAUCCUUUGCAUCUCACAACCAUUCUGACUCAUCUAUCAAUGUUGCUGAUCAACCUUUAGAUUUUGCACCUAGGUUUAGUCGUGAUGGUGACAUGCAAAUGCAAUCAACUUGUAAUCAUCAUGAUUCCGGUUCUUCAAUGAAUAACUGGGGUGCUCCAGUUGCACCUGGUGUUGGUUAUCUACCAAUACCUCCAAGUCUUCCCUCAGGGGUCAGGGCCACAGCACAAUCCUUCUAUUACCACUCCUGGUCAUGUAGCAGCACCAUAUGGAAGGUUUCCUGGACCUGGUCAACCUCCUACAAUUCCACCAAAUGGUGCACCCUAUUCUCUUAGUACAGUAGCUACGAUUCAUCCUACUUCAGCUUUCUCUGCUGAUACAUAUGGCGUUUCUGGUGUUCCUGAACGCCCUAAGAAGGCACCAUUCCCUAACUGGCUUAGAGAGGAAAUAAAGAAAACAGUCAUUGCCGCUCCUUCAACGGAUCAUCCAAAAGUUGAACAAACACUUGUGCGUGAUGGCAUUGAUAAAUCACAUGUGAAGGCUGAUGAUGAGACAGAUAGUAGAAGUAUUGAUUCGUCUAGAUCAGCUGAGGACGAAGAGGUCGAAGUUGAUAGAACUGCAGAAAUCAACCAAGAAAUUAAAAAAAAAACUUUUGAAGGUUACUGAUUAAUUGUUUGAUGAGAUUGCAACCAAAAUUCUUCGUGAAGACGAUCUGCCUGCUGAAGGCAACUGCUAAAGUUUUAGUUCCAGAUAAAGCAGAGGAAAUAGAGAAUGAUGGUGCCAAUGAAAAAUCUAAUUCAAGCUCUCCUGGAGAUGUUUUAGGUCUUGGAAAUUAUGGCUCUGAUGCCGAUGAUGAAAUUGAGAGUUCCACUAUGCCUGCUCCUGCAAAAAAUGCUGCGUAUAUGGUGAAUAAUAUAGUUAAAAUCAACUCAUCGCUAUCCAGAAAUAGCAAUGGUGAUGCUAUUGAUCAAUUACAUGAAGCUAUGAUGACCGAAGAAUCUGAUCAUUUAGAUUCCAAGAUAGUUAAUAAAGAUGCCAGGGAUAAUGGGCUUGAUGCAAUUGAAAGAAGCCACACAAGAUUUAAUGGUUAUAGCUCGAAAGACAUGUCAGGGGUGCCAAGAUCUGAAUUGCCUGGAAAAAAUGGUGUGGAGAAAGCAACAGAAGAUCAUCUAGGAAAGGAAAGCAGAAGAAAAUCAGAAAAAAAUGACCGACAUGACAAGAGUUCUUCCGAGAAGGAUUUUAAGGAGGUAAAAAGUAGUCACAAGUCCAGGACAGAUUAAAAAAUUGACAAGAGCAAAAGAAGAAAGGAUGAAAGAAAUCAGAAAAAGGAACAAACAGAUUACAUCAGUGAGUCAAAUGAAAGAUCGAAAGAGCACAAUGUAAGGCAUGGUGAGAAGUCAAAGAAAUCAGAAUCAAGGAAAAGGUCCUCCCAUGUUGAUGUCAAGGAUGAUAGGAAGGGAGGAGAAAAACCUCACAGAGGUCAUACAACUGAAGACACUAGCCGAAAAAAGGAGCAUUCAAACGAUAAGGGGGUGCAAAAAUCUAGGCGAAGUGACCAUGACAGGCACAAAAGAAGGCGUUCUUCGUCAGUAAGCAGUAGAGGUAGAACCAGCAAGUAUCAUAGUCAUGCCGAUGAUUCAUGUGGUGAAGGCUCAGAUGGCUCG